UCUCACUCUUGGCUGUAGUUAGAUAUUUGCAGUAUAUAAGUUUGAAUUCUUCACUUUAGUUUAUCAUUGUAAACACAGUACUAAAACAAGAAAGACAUCAUGUAUAAACAAACUUUGUGUUUAAUCCUUUGCUUUGCAAGUAGCGUUCUGUCAAGUAGUUUAUUUACACCAUGUAAAGUGACAGACGGAGAUUGUAUAACCAAAUCUACCCAAGCCGUUAUACCAGCUCUUUUAUCUGGGAUUCCUGAGCUGGGAGUAGAAAGUUCGGAUCCACUCUUUGUUGAAAAAAUUGAAGGAAAUUUGUCUAUAAUUAAAUAUAUUUUCUACAACACCACCGUCGAAGGCUAUAAACAAUGCAAAAUUAGUAACAUCAAGGUAUCACCAGACGUGACCAAUUUGCACUACGAACUUGACUGUGAUAGACUUAAACUGUCUGGCAAAUACGAUGUUAGUGGCCGUCUCGUCAUAUUGCCGGUAGAAGGAUCUGGAGACUAUGAGUUAAUUACAGGCAAAUACCAUAUCGAUAUUGACGCUGAAUUAAAAACAUCCUCUGGUAAAGAUGGAAAAGUCCACUUGCAGAUCAAAAAUUUUAAGUUGAAGUGCAAAUCUCUAUCUCCAACUAAAUACGACUUCAGAAAUCUUUUUAACGGACAAAAAGAUCUAUCUGAUGCCGUUCACAAAUUUGCUCAUGAGAACUGGCAAGAGGUGGCUGAACUAGUACAGGAUCCCACAUGGUAUGCUACACAGAAGAAGGUUAUAAGCAACGUCAAUAAAUACCUCAAAUCUGUACCCCUAGACGACCUAAAGAUUAUGAUAAUGUAUCUCCGCCUUGUCGCUUUGUUUUUUUUCACUUCCUACGCAACAGCUAAUCUUGCGUCUGUAAUAACGAAAUGCUCGGAUGAAGACACAAAAUGUCUGAAAGACUUCACUCAAAAUUUGAUACCACUAUUCGCCAAGGGAGACCCAUCUAUGAAAGUAGAUCCAAUCGAUCCAAUUUUCGUUAAAACAAUAAAUGCGAGUUCUCCUAAUCUUAAGCUUGUUUUGAAUGAUAUAUCACUAACAGGUCUUAAAGAUUGUGUUGUUAAAAAAGCCAAACGUGAUUUACAGAAAAAUAAGUUCUUGUUUAAACUCAUGUGUUCUGUAAAUUUGGAGGGCCAGUAUGUUAUGGACGGUCGUCUGUUAAUUCUUCCGAUAAAUGGCAAGGGAAGAAAUCAUGUUUCGUUAGAUAAGGCCCUGUUUGUCAUUGAAACUGAUGUCGCCGAAAAUAUCUUGGAAGAUGGGAAAAAGCAUUGGAUUAUUCCGAAGUGGUCCUACAAAUAUGAACUCAAAGAAAAAUCGAAUAUUAUAUUCGAAAACCUUUUUAAUGGAAACGAGGUUUUAAGUAAAGCCGCUGAAGAAGUUAUAAAAGACAAUGGCAACGAAAUAAUCCAAGAAGUUGGAGAACCUAUCAUUGAAUACAUUAUUGGCAAAGUCGUUGACAGCAUGAGACAAUUCUAUACAGCAGUACCUGUUGAGGAAUUAGUUCAAAAUUAAAAUAAAAAUAUGUGAUAAUAUGUGUUCAUUGCUAAUAUACUAUAUCCAUCAAGAUAA